UUUAAAAGGCCUUAAACCCUUUCUCUAUAGGAUUGAUUCGGAUACAAUUUCCUGUCUCCUCUUGUAUCGUUCCUUCUCUCUCUGUAGAUCACUAGUAAAACCCUUCUUCGCAGCCUUCAUACACUCAAUAGCACCACUAAACCCUUGUAUUUGCUCUUUCUGGUCUCAAGUUAGCUUACCUAGGGUUAGUUUUGGAGUCUCCUUGAUCCCAAUGGCGGAGGAAGAAGUUGUUGCUCCGGCGGCUAGUCCCGUCCCCUCUGAUCACAAGCGCAAGCUUGAAGAUUUAGAGCCUGAAGCUCCUCAUCCCACUGAGACCAAUCCCGAACAGGAAGCUGACCUGAGCGCUGAGCCCGAUGCAGAUAAGAAAGCUGAUGAUGUGGUUGAUGGAGAUUCGCCAGAUGCCAAGCGGCUAAGGGUCGAUGAGAGUAAACCCGAUGGUCUAGCUAGCGAAAACGGUUUUGAAGGAGCGAAGUCAGAGGAACACGCAAAGGAGAGCGUUGAAGAGCCAGGUGUUGAGAAUGAGAAAGCAGAGGAUGCUGCUCUUCCUCCGUCUGAGGGGGUUCCUGAAACAACAGUUAAAGAAGAAUUCGCUGCAGAUGGUCAUGACACUGUUAAUACCCAACAGGCUUCUGUUGAGGAUUCGAAGACAGAUGAUGCUGAGGAAAAAGAGGAAACUGAGAAACAUUCUGAGGAGGACGAGGAUCCUGCAUCUGACGCUCAAACUACCUCACGCAAAAUGGAGGUUCCCAAUGAUAAGGUUGGGGUUCUUAUUGGAAAGGGUGGAGAUACUAUUCGUUACCUGCAGUAUAAUUCUGGGGCAAAAAUUCAAAUCACAAGGGAUGCUGAUGCUAAUCCUCAAUCCACAACAAGGCCAGUAGAAAUAAUAGGGACUUUAAGUAGUAUAAAGAAGGCUGAGAAGCUCAUUAGUGCUGUCAUAGCAGAGGCUGAUGCUGGUGGUUCCCCCUCCCUUGUAGCUAGGGGCCUACCUAGUGCACAGACAGGUGGAGUGGGAGAACAACUUGAGAUGCAAGUUCCAAAUGAGAAGGUUGGUCUGAUCAUAGGCAGAGGUGGGGACACCAUUAAAGCUCUCCAAGCCAAAUCGGGAGCACGCAUUCAGGUAUUGAUACCUCAACAUCUUCCAGAAGGGGAUGGUUCCAAAGAAAGGACAGUGAGAGUGACUGGUGAUAGAAAGCAAAUUGAGAUGGCUAGAGAAAUGAUAAAGGAUGUUAUGAAUCAGACUGUGAGGUCAUCACCUUACUCCGGCAGUUUCAACCAGCAGCAUUCCUAUCGACCCCGUGGAUCCACUGGUCCAUCAAAUUGGGGUCCGCGAGGCCCUCAUUCAUCACAGCCAAGUCCUUAUGAUUAUCAUCACCGAGGACCUUAUCCUUCUCAAAGUUCACAGUAUCCACCUCCAAGUUAUGGUGGUUAUCCUCCCCAACAAAUGGGCCCAAGAGGUAACUUUGGUUCUGGUUGGGAGCAAAGACCUCCCACCAUGCAGGGGCCAGUUCCGCAUGGUGGAGUUUAUGACUACUAUGGUGGCCAGGGAGGCCAUGUAUCUGAUCACCCAGUGUCUGGCCCAAUUUCUACUCCUGUUUCUGGGCAUGCUCCUGGCCCAUCCCCUACCCCUGCCAUGUCCCAUCCCCCAUCACAGGUAAAUUAUAAUUAUGGGCAGCCACAUGGUCCAGAUUAUGGGCAUCAAGCUCCUUAUUCCCAGGCGGUACCUUCUCAGCAGAGCUAUGGGCAUGGAUAUGAUGAACCAAAGUAUGACAAUCAUGCUCCAAUGCAGCAUCCUUAUGGACAUGGAGGUUCCCAACCAAUGUAUCCACAAGCCAGCAAUCAACCAGGCUAUGGGGCCCAGCAGCAGUAUGGAAAGCAACCAUCAUAUGGCAUGCCAUCGCAGGGACCACCUCCCCAAUCAUAUGGCCCUCCUAGGCCUAGUCAACCUGGUGAUAUGCCUUAUCAAGGUCCCGUUCAAUCCAGUCAAUCAUAUGGUCCAAAUGUGCCACCUCAACAGCAGUAUCCUUAUGCAUCAAGUGGGCCAAUGCAGCAAUCGUAUCCUUCAUAUGGAUCUGCAUCAGGAGCUGAGGGGUACAAUCAGGCAAUGCCUACUUCUGGCCCCGGCUAUCCACAGCAAGGUAGCCAGCCAGUUCCAUCUUAUGGUCAGCCUGGUGGACAACAGUCAACUGGCUACGUGCAAGGUCCAACUGGUGGUUAUGGAUCAUACCCAUCUUCACAACAAGGUUAUCCAGAACAGCCAGCUUCAAACAAUGCAGGUUAUGGGUAUCAAGCGACUCAAGAUCCUGCUUAUGGCAGUGUCCCUGGGGCAACCUAUAGUGCACCACCAAGUGGCCAGCAGGCUUAUGCUCAGCCAACAGCAACUCAACCAAGUUAUGAUCAGUCAGUUCCUCAGUCAGGUGCAUAUGGAGCGGCUCCAGGGAGUGCACCAGUUGGGUAUGGGAAAACCUUGUCUCCCCAGCCUACUUAUCCUCAAUAUGACUCAACUCAGAUGUAUGUUGCACCGCGCUGAGAAUUUAGUUAUAGCUUGAUGGCGAGUUUGUACUGGUGAUGCAUAUUGAGCUUUUGCAGUUAGUAUUACAAAUAUGUUGUUAUCUGGGUAGUAUUAGCUUUAGAUAUUUGACAUUUAGGUCUUCUUCUGACUACCAAUCGAACACCAAGAUUAUGUAUCUGCAUGAUGCUGACUGGGAAUGCAUCUAAGUUUAUUGUCAUUGUCGUUUUCUUUUUUGCUAUGAUCAUUGUUUUCCUUCUCUUUGAA